UAACAAUUUGUUUACAUUUUCCCCUAUGAAAAGCUGAUAUCGAUUGUAACUAUGUAAGGGAUGUAAAUUGCAGCCUAAGGUCAAAUGUAGUACAACCAUUAUAAUGACCAACAGAUGACACGUUUACUAAAGCUAGUAUUCAUUGUUGUAUCACCGAAGAUAUUGAAUAUAAGCUCCUAAAACUGUUUUACUAUCUAAAAAGGAUAGUAAGUUAUAUAAUUAACAGUUAGCGAAACUUUGGCAACACUACAGUUUUGGAAUGUAUCUGUUGUACAUUACAUUGCUGUGUCUAAGCAUCAGGAGUCACGUGUGUUUAGAAAAGCCUAUGUUUAAGUCAACCAAAUGGUUGAAAGGACUAAACACUUCUCAACUAAACUAUGGAGUCGCUGUUUCAGACGUCGACCAUGACGGUACUUUUGAGUGGAUUGUUGCUGGAUAUAAUGGAAAGAACUUUGUUUUAAGUUAUGACAAUAACCGUAAACGAUUGGUAGAUUUGGCUCAAAAAGGAACAAAAUUCGAAUCAUUGAUGGACGUAAGGGGUCAGGCGAUAGGUGUGGCCGCUUGUGAUAUCGAUGGUGAUGGGAAAGAGGAGAUAUAUUUUCUAAACACAAAUAAUGCCUAUGCUGGACGUGCAUCUUACGGGGACAAGUUAUUUAAAUAUAGAAAUGCGGCAUACGUUGACCUAUUUUCCGAUCAAGUGAACAGAAAUUUGGACGCCAAACAUUUUGCUGGACGCUCUGUGGCAUGUAUUGAUAGAUUCGGAAAUGGUAUAUAUUCAUUUAUUGUAGCAACAUAUUCGACAGGCGGCACAGGAAAGUUUGCUUUAAUUGAAAUGGAUGCACAAAACAAUCGAAACGAUGUUUCAAGUGGAUUCAUUGCACUAAAAAAUGCGGCAAGCGAGGCUGGAAUCGACAAAGCAACGGGUGGUCGUGGAAUUGCUGUUGGGCCAAUUCUUGGAAAUGGAUAUUCAGAUAUAUUUUUCGACAACGAGGGCAAUCCUUGGAGAGGCAACCCAGGGGGUAAUUUUCUUUUUGAAAAUAAUGGCAGUGGCCAGUUCACUGAUAGAGCAAACGAAACGGGUACGAUUGAUGAGAAUGAAAAUGGUAGAGGGAUCGCACUUGCCGAUUUCAAUAACGAUGGAUUAAUCGAUAUUACCUAUGGAAACUGGGAUGGCAAUCAUCGAUUAUUUUUACAACGCAAAAACAAAAAAGGCGAGAUUAAAUUUAGAAACGUAGCGACAAAAGCAUUCCGGAAUCCGACGCUUGUUCGAACAGUGAUAGCUAAAGAUUUUGACAAUGAUGGGAAUUUAGAAGUGUUUUUCAAUAAUAUUUGUGGCCGAAAUAAUAAACAACAACCUAACAAGCUUUUUACUGUUAUUCCCAUCAAUGAAAAGAAAGUUUCUAUAAAGAAGGUUCGUAUUGGUAAAGCUAGAGAGCCAACCGGAUGUGGAACGGGUGGCGCUGUGGCCGAUAUGAAUGGUGACGGGAAACUUGAUUUAAUUCUCUCUCAUGGGGAAUCCAAUGGGCAACCAUUGACUGUAUUCCAAGUCGGACCGGGUUCAGAAAAUAAUUGGAUUCGUAUACUUCCGGUCACUAGGUAUGGUGCUCCUGCCAGAGGAACAAGAGUUACUGCGACUCUUUCUGACGGUAGAAAAUUAACUCGGGUUAUUGAUGGCGGAUCUGGUUACCUUUGUCAGAUGGAACCAGUCGCCCAUAUUGGGUUAGGUAAUAACAGUGUUAUUUCCGUUGAGAUUCAGUGGCCAGAUAGGACGUUGGUAACAAAAACACUCACCAAUUUAGAUAUGAAUAAAACUCACAAGAUUGCUGUAACUGGUAAAUGAUUUAAUCGAAAUUGAAUGAAUGAAUGUUUAAACCAUUCCAGAUUUAUACCACUCAAGUUAACAUUAUAUAUGAACGUUUCGGCAAUACAAUUAAUUGGUCCCUUCAAAUGGUGUGUGUAUAUUUCACUACAUGUUAAUAAUGCAUAAGGUCAUGAAUUUCUCCGGAUGUGUAUGACGUUUUUUAUUUUAUUCUAUAGGAUGUAUAAUGACUGAUACUUUA